AUGAAGGGUAAUACCGUAAAUCAGAAACGACCGGCACUAUCUUCGAUUUGCAAAACCCGGUCACCGAGUCACCAACAUCCAAAUCCUCGCAUCCUGCCAGCUGAAACGACACACCCCUUCUCCCCGGGAGACGCCGUCGUUUUGACGCCGGUGCCUCCGCCACCCCCGGAGAACGUUCCAGACACAAUGACGCGAAGCCUCGGCUUCUCUCUACCCGUGACCGUCGUCGUUUUGGCAAUCGCAUACAUUUACUUCUCCACAGUCUUCAUUUUCAUUGACCGCUGGUUCGGUCUCAUGUCGUCGCCAGGUUUGAUGAACGCCGUCGUUUUCACUGGCGUGGCCGUCAUGUGCGUGUUCAAUUACUUCGUCUCCGUCUUCAGGGAUCCGGGUCGGGUUCCAUCCACGUACAUGCCCGACGUCGAAGAUUCGGGUAACCCUAUCCACGAGAUCAAGCGCAAGGGAGGCGAUUUAAGAUAUUGCCAAAAGUGUUCUCACUAUAAGCCAGCUCGUGCACAUCAUUGUCGUGUAUGCAAACGAUGUGUAUUGCGAAUGGAUCAUCAUUGCAUAUGGAUUAAUAAUUGUGUCGGCCAUGCAAACUAUAAGGUCUUCUUCAUCUUCGUUGUUUAUGCUGCAAUAGCAUGCCUCUAUUCCCUGGUUUUGCUCUUGGGUAGCCUAACUUAUGAUCCUGAAAAAGAUGACCAGGAAACUGGCGACUCUUUUCGAACUGCAUAUGUCAUUUCUGGGCUGUUGCUAGUUCCCUUAUGUGUGGCACUGAGUGUUCUUUUAGGUUGGCAUAUCUACCUCAUUUUGCAAAACAAGACCACGAUUGAGUACUAUGAAGGAGUGAGAGCCAUGUGGCUUGCAGAGAAAGGAGGGCAAAUCUAUUCCCAUCCAUAUGAUCUCGGUGCCUAUGAAAAUUUAACAACGGUACUGGGUCCAAAUAUCUGCUGUUGGGCACUCCCCACAUCGGGACACAUAGGAUCCGGACUUCACUUUCGUACAGCUUAUGAUUACCCUUCCUGAGCAUCGGCGUUGGAAUGAAUUUUUCCCCUGUUCAUCAUCUUGGUUGGCAUUGGUGAGAAGAAGACUUAACUGUGUGGUUGGAUUUCAUGGUUGUUUCUACGAGGCGAUUUUAGGGGAAACAAUUGAUUGUAGGUCCUUGUCAAUAGCCAAAACUAAUCGGUCUCUGAGAAAAACUAGGCUGAGGAUGUGUGGGUUCGUUUUUUUCGCUUGUUGUCAGGUAGUUACUUUGAACCAUAGUUUUACAGUUAUACAGCAUGGUCUCAGUUGAUAGGGUUUUGUACAGAGAGGGGGAAUCAGCAUCCCAGCUUUUACCAGCCAAGGGCACCUUUUGUAGAGGAGACAGCGGGGUGUUUGUGUAACUUGGAAGAGUUGUAAUCCUUUGUAACGUUGAAGAAAUAAGAGAAAUUGUGGUUAUUAACUGAAACUGCUAGGAUUUUUCAA